AUGUUCAUAUUCGCGCCACGUGACAACAUGUCGACGUCCCGCCAGGGCUCGGCGACCCGGCGGAAUCGUUACGCCCGCUCGUCGACGACCACCAGCGUCACGCAGAUGCUCAGCGACUCCUGCUCGAGCCUGUUGCAACGCCUUACCACCAGGGUACGUGGCGCGUCCACCAUAAACGACAACGUCGUGGUCAGCAAGCCUGUCACCAGGCGAUCACCGAACCUCUGUCACUUGAACAGUGCCAGGAUCCGUUUGGAAGACAAAUAUUCCUCCUUCUUGGACAAAUAUUCCUCCUGGAAGAAGCGUCACGACCACAACGAUCAUGGUCACCUGGAUUACAGACGCACCCACGAACGGGAUCACAGUUACUUCCGCAGAGAGGACAGCCCGUUCGUUCGCGACGAGAAGACUCUGGAACCAUCGGUGUCUCGCACAGUCGUCAAGAGCCCUGUCAGCGUGGUGUUGUCAGAGAAAGCGUACCCGUACGUCAGAUCCGGCGGUACAAAGGAGCUAAGGCGCGAAAAGACACCGGGUUACCAUAGAAUGGACCGUCAGAACCUGCUGAGCAACACGGAUACCUAUCGCCGUUACGGCAGGCAUAAGUCAGGCCACGCGGAGACUCGCACCCGCAAAGUUAGACCCUACCGCAACGGGAAGAGCGAGCAACUGGAGUCCAGCUCGACCGCGCUCAGAUUAACUCGGCCGAUGAAAGUCGACGCGUUGACGAGCACCGAGGCAAACGACCCUGUGGACCCAGACAAGACCCCGACCGGUAGCAUGACGCACGAAGUCGGCGUGGACGCGGUGUUGACCGUCGACGAGGAGGAUGACCCGGCGAUCAGCGAGAGGGCCGCGAAACGGAAGGAGAUACAGAGUUUGAUACUUAAGUACGCGGCGAUGGAGGAGACGUACAGCCAGCUAGCCGCCGGUGGCAAGAUCAAAAUGCGGCCCAGCACCACGGAUAUUAUCGCCAGCAAGUAUAGGAAAAGCAUUCAUCGAAACGAGCGAAAAGACGCGGCGAAGAACGCGUCGACGAGUGUCGUUAACGUCCCGGACGCGAUCCAUCACGCGAUUAGCCCACGACCGCCCUCCGUCGAGGACGACGAAGACGGCCACCUUGUUUACCAAUCCGGCGACAUCCUGGCAAAUAGAUAUAAAGUACUGGCCACCCUAGGAGAGGGUACUUUUGGAAAAGUUGUCAAGGUUAAGGACUUGCAAAUGGAUCACGUGAUGGCUCUGAAAAUUAUCAAGAACGUAGAGAAGUAUAGGGAAGCUGCGAAGCUCGAAAUAAACGCCUUAGAGAAAAUCGCGACCAAGGAUCCGGAAGGCCAGCACCUGUGUGUAAAGAUGCUCGACUGGUUCAACUACCAUGGGCACAUGUGCAUAGCCUUCGAGAUGCUUGGACUUAGUGUAUUCGAUUUCUUGAGAGACAACAGUUACCAACCGUAUCCAUUGGAGCACGUCAGGCACAUCGGAUACCAGCUUUGCUAUGCCGUCAAAUUCCUUCAUGAUAAUAAACUCACGCACACUGAUCUGAAACCGGAAAACAUAUUAUUCGUAGAUUCUGACUAUGAUAUUCUAUACCAGAGUAAAAGGUUUCCCUUUUUCAAGCGAAAGGAUAUUAGGCGUGUAAAACGGACGGACAUCAGGCUUAUCGACUUCGGUAGUGCCACGUUCGACCAUGAACAUCACAGCACGAUCGUCAGUACGAGACAUUACAGAGCGCCUGAAGUAAUUUUAGAAUUAGGUUGGUCCCAGCCUUGUGACGUUUGGUCGAUUGGCUGCAUCCUUUUUGAACUGUACCUGGGUAUUACUUUAUUCCAAACACACGACAACCGCGAACACUUAGCAAUGAUGGAGCGUAUACUUGGCACGAUUCCACAUCGUAUGGCCCGUAAGACUAAGACCAAGUAUUUCUACCACGGUAAAUUGGACUGGGAUGAGAAGAGCUCUGCCGGCAGAUAUGUUCGUGAUAAUUGCAAACCUCUGCAUCGUUGUAUGCUUUCGGAUGACGAGGAACACCGACAGCUAUUUGAUCUCAUUCAGAAAAUGUUAGAAUAUGAACCAUCCCAGAGGAUAGUCCUGAAGGAUGCAUUGGCGCAUUCCUUCUUUGACGCACUACCAGCGCACCAGAGAUUACCAGACCUUCGAGCAGCUGGUGACUCUCAGCAAUCUCACGAGCGAUCGCACUCUCUCUCCCGAUGAAGCUAGGAAAGGGACCGACUUCCCUACUGGACAGACACUCCAUUAUCGACGACACUACUGCUCUACGUCGCUAUCCUUACAUCUUUAAGUCUAACGAGAUUGUACCUUUUCCCCAAAAAUGUGAUUCGAUGACACCGGUGGAGACUUAGAGAAGAAUCGUUGAACGAUCAGCAAAACGCGAGAGCUACGAAAUAAUGUGCGUAAGGAGAUUUAGGUUAACGAGAUCGAAUUCGACGAUGUAACAAUUGUCAAGUAAAUUGCGAAGCAAUUGUUUAACAGACAACGUGAAAUAAAAGCAGUAGUGAAAAUGGUGCUGUGGAACUCGAACUCAAUUAAGUAUGUUGUACAACGGAUCGCUAAUAUCAUCGUGUGUGGAAAGCAUCGACAUGUUUUCAUCUCCGUUUACAGACAUCUUGAAUGAGGGUAGAUAGCUAAAUUACUAACGAGAUCCCUGUUACUGGCGCGAAUCGGCCAGUGUGUCUGCUCAGUGUAGCGUAACAGAGUCCCAAUCACGCAUCGUGUAAACAUUUUCUAAAUCGCUCUUCUGUACAUUUUAUUCUUUAAUUUUAUUACGAUGUUAUGAUGCAACAAAGUUUGGAGUAAAGAAGGGUCGGCAGUUUAUACUCUUGUUUGUUAUAGAUUGAUGACCACGACGUGUUUAGUAGUAAGGAUCAGAUUAGUGAUAAGGCAAGUAAAUAUACGCGUACGUGUUGAGAUAAUUAAAGUAACGAUGAUGAGAAAGUGAGAGUGAAAAAGAGAGGGAGUGUGUGAUAAAAAAAAAUCUCGAAGAAUGCCAAUUCAUCGUAGUAAAGAAGAUACAUGUUGUAACGUUCUCGAAGAAAACCGUAAGUUUUACGGUUACAAUUCGAAAAUAUUGUUCGUCGUAUGUUUUCGAUAGUCGCAUCAAAGUACCGUGAGGUUGCAAUUUUUAGUUCGACGCAUAUGUGAAUAUUUUUGUUAAAUUGUCUUGUGUUGUUCCGGACAAUCAUGUGUGUUUUAUUUCAUCAGUCCUUACAAAAAUUGAAAGGAACGUGAGGUGAUUUCAUUACUUUUGAUUAUCUAUGAUUAGUUUUUACGCGUGCAUCGGAUAUCGGUUUUAAAAAGCGUGAAGCUUUCGUACGAAAAUAAACCUGUGCUUUUAUUUUCUAUAAUGAGGAAUGAAAAGGAUCAUGGAGUUCUAACACUCCUGUUCGACUUUGUUUGCUUUUUAAUUCUUAUAUACACGACAUGACGGAAGUUCAAAGGAUUCUGCUGCUCGUAUAAAGAUAAAAAAUAUGUCUAAGCACCGAGAAAAUGCUGUUUCGAGUAGCAAUAAAACACAUUUCUUUCAAAUAA